GAAACACUGCCUAAAAUACCCACCAUUAUUGCUGUCAUCUGGUUACUCCCAGGGCAGAGUGGGCUGGGCAAGUCCACGAUGGUGAACACACUGUUCAAGUCCAAAAUAUGGAAGUCCACCCCAUCGGGCCUGGCGCUGGGGCCCAUGCCCCAGACGCUGCAGCUGCACUCGAUGACCCAUGUCAUCGAGGAGAAAGGCGUGAAGCUCAAGCUGACCGUGACCGACACGCCUGGCUUUGGGGACCAAAUCAACAAUGACAAGUGCUGGGACCCCAUCCUGGGCUACAUCAAUGGACAGUAUGAGCAGUAUCUGCAGGAGGAGAUCCUCAUCACCCGCCAGCGCCACAUCCCCGACACCCGGGUGCACUGCUGUGUGUACUUCGUGCCGCCCACUGGGCACAGCCUGCGGCCCCUGGACAUUGAGUUUCUGCAGCGGCUGUGCCGGGCUGUGAACGUGGUGCCCGUGAUCGCUCGGGCGGACAGCCUGACCCUGGAGGAGCGAGAGACCUUCAGGCGCAAGAUCCAGCACAACCUGCGGACUCACAGCAUCGACGUGUAUCCACAGCAGUGCUUUGAUGAGGACGUCAAUGACAAGAUCCUCAACUGCAAGAUCCGGCAGGACCGGAUCCCCUUUGCUGUGGUCGGGGCUGACCGAGAGCACAUGGUGAACGGGAGGUGUGUGUUGGGCCGGAAGACAAAGUGGGGCAUCAUUGAAGUGGAGAACAUGGAGCACUGUGAGUUUCCCCUCCUGAGAGACCUGCUCAUCCGUUCCCACCUCCAAGACCUGAAGGACAUCACCCACAAUGUCUACUACGAGAACUACCGUGUCUGCAGACUCAACGAAAGCCACAUGCUGCCCCGGGGGCCCGGCUGGGUGAACCUGGACCCGACCCCUGCCAAUCCCCCGGCCAUCCCUGGGCCCUCAAAGGGGUGCCGAUGGGCCCAGGACAAUCCCUCCGAUGAGUACUGAACACAGCACACCCAAGUGCUCAGCAGCCCCCACACACACCUGUGUACUAGGACAUGUAUUAAAGGUGGACAUUGCUUUUUAUGACAAGCUGUGCUUUGAAAACAAAAGGAGGUUUGUAAAUGACUUCUUUGAGCUACCCUCAAAAAAGAUGGGUUCUUUUUUAAGUAACAGCAUGACACCCAGGCCCCGGGGCGUCAUGAACCCUGGUGGGGUGUGCCUUGACGAUGGGCUCCCUUCUGCCCCAGAACUAGAGUCGAGUUCCAAAUCAGACUCUGCCCUCCAUCCUGACCCUCCCUCCAGCCCAGGGCCGGGCCCAGGGUGUCAUAACACUCCCAUCUUUGACCAUCUUCCCCCAACACUGUGCCCCUGCCCCUCUGCCCCUGCCUUCCUACCCUGCGACCAGCGCAGUGAGACACAGCUCCAGCUCUGGAGUCUGGCAAAGCUGAUGGACAUCCCGGUGCCACGUGAUCUUCAGCAAGUCACUUGCUCUUCCUGGGCCUCAGUGUAAUCUAUAAAAUGGAAUGGUAGCAUCGCUCUCAUAGUGUUGUGCGAACAAAAUUGAGUAAUUUGUGUAAUGUGCCUGCCAAGGCCUGCAGAAGGCUCUCAGACAGAGGUGAGGGGAACAGGAGAGAGCUUGGUUAGGGUGGAGGAGGUGCCUGCAGAAUGUGUGAGCACUUCCCAGGACUUUCCAGAAACCUGGAAAAUAAAGGGACUUCAGCCAGCUGGGGUGGGCUCAGUGGUUGAGCAUUCACCUAGGAACCAGGAGGUCACAGUUCGAUUCCUGGUCGGGGCACAUGCCCGGGUUUCCGGCUCGAUCCCCAGUGUGGAGCAUGCAGGAGGCAGCUGAUCAAUGAUUCUCUCUCAUCAUUGAUGUUUCUCUCUCUCUCUCCCUCUCCCUUCCUCUCUGAAAUCAA